UUGCAUGAGGAGCUGAAGGUCUCCUCUCUCAACCAGGCGGAAAAAACGUGCUGUCCGUUCAGACUGCAUCGAACGCACGGACAGCAAAUCCGAGCCAUCUGACGCGGAGGAUUUGUAGGUUUAGGAGAAAAUGCUUCGCCCCCUCCUCCAUGAGAUUAAAAACCGUGACAGUCAUGCAGCCUAUAGAUUCUCUCUAUGUGUGCAGCGCGGAGCGGUGAGAUCGGAAUAUGCGACCUGCGUGGGUAAAGUUGUGGGAGUAACCUGCAGUUUUAAGGCUUUUGGAGAGGUGUGGGGACGCAGGACACCAUGCACACGGAUGUGGUGCUGAUUAACCUGCUGGUUUGGAUAGUAGAGGUGUCCGGACAGCCGCGUUCAAGAGGUCAAGCCCUGCAGCCGCACAGACUCUCCAGGUCAAAGAGAGAAAUGGCUCAGUUGGAGGGAUCCAGCCACAGGACUAGCAGCCACAUGUUGAAGAGGAGUCCAGACAUCACCAAAACCUGGGGGGCAAAGUCUGAGCAGCUGCUGAGGAUAGACGACCACGAUUUCACCAUGAGACCGGGAUUCGGAGGACCUGCAGUUUCAGUCGGUGUGGAUGUCCAGGUGGAAAGUUUAGAUGCCAUCUCAGAAGUGGACAUGGACUUUACUAUGACCCUGUACCUGAGGCACUACUGGAAAGACGAGCGCCUGUCCUUCAGGAGCAACAGGAACCAGAGCAUGACCUUUGAUGGCCGCCUGGUGAAGAAAAUCUGGGUACCUGACAUGUUUUUUGUCCACUCGAAGAAGUCCUUCACCCAUGACACUACUACAGACAACGUCAUGCUGCGGGUCUAUCCUGACGGCAAAGUCCUCUACAGCCUCAGGGUGACGGUCACAUCAAUGUGCAGCAUGGACCUGAGCCGCUUUCCUCUGGAUACGCAGACAUGUUCUCUGGAGAUAGAGAGCUACGCAUACACAGACGACGACCUGAUGCUGUACUGGAAGAAAGGAAACAGGUCUCUAAACAUAGACGAGAGGAUUUCUCUCUCCCAGUUCCUCAUCCAGGAGUUCCACACCACCACCAAGCUGGCCUUCUAUAGCAGCACAGGCUGGUACAACCGUCUGUACAUCACCUUCACUCUGCGGCGUCACAUCUUCUUCUUCCUGCUGCAGACGUACUUCCCUGCCACGCUGAUGGUCAUGCUGUCCUGGGUUUCCUUCUGGAUCGACCGCAGGGCCGUACCUGCUCGAGUGCCGCUGGGUAUAACCACGGUGCUCACCAUGUCCACCAUCAUCACUGGAGUAAACGCCUCCAUGCCGCGGGUGUCCUACAUCAAAGCUGUGGACAUUUACCUCUGGGUCAGCUUCGUCUUUGUCUUUCUCUCUGUGAUUGAGUACGCUGCCGUCAACUACCUGUCCACUCUGCAGGAGCGCAAGGAGCGGAAACACAGAGAGAGGCUGCCGUGUACCUGUGGUUUGGCUCAUCCUGACAUGAUGUCUGCCAGCUACAGUGAGGUGGACGCUAACACAACAGGACACUACAGCCUGCCGGGGGAGAACGGGGUGAAACGGGAGAGGAUGCUGGUAGAGCUGGCCAUGGAGAACGAUCAGAUCACCGGCCACGUCGGUACCAGCGCCUACAGCAACGUCUGGAUGGACACGCACGUCAUAGACAAAUACUCCCGCUUCUUAUUUCCUGGAUCUUACAUCCUCUUCAACAUCAUCUAUUGGUCCAUCUACUCCUAACACACACCUGAGGCUCGCUGAGCUCUGAACGCUUCUCCAUGAAGAUGGAAAAUCUGCCUCCAGGUUUGCUAGAGCGCUGACCAGAGAGGAGACGUAUGAUCUGGACUUGCAGGU